ACAGAAAUUUGCUUAGAAAACAGCUCACGUAUGGGUGAGGGGCAUUAGUAAUGGCAUGGAUUUGCAUUUUUCAAAAAGUGCUUUUUUCACCCAUAUGAGGAGUGAGGACUACCGAGAAGAAAACGCCAGAAAAACUGAUUUACCGUUACGCGCCUUGAAACUGUUAUCAUCGACGUCGUUUUCGAUGUUCAAUCACUAGCUAGGCUCAAAUGAAUUCAAUGCUGAGCGGCCGAAUUGCCGCUUCAAUACCUUUAUGGCACAUAAUUACUAUUUCAUUACCUAAAUGGCCGUAGUAAUGAAAUCAUUUAAUAUAUAUGCAAGACUUCACAACUACGCUAUUCAAAAUGAACAAAUCAAAUCUUUCGCUUGCGAGUGUCAUAUAAACAACAAGCUCACCGUAUUCAUAAAUCUUAACCUAGUUCUCCCUAGAAUUCUCCACGGAUCUGAACACAUUUCGUAUACCUGAGGCUCAGCGUUGGGACACCGUGUCUGGCGGACAAAUAUCGUAAACAUAGAGUCAAGAUAACUAUGAAUUUUAAAGAAAUAAGACGCCCAAGUAACUUCAGAAGUGUGCGAAUAAAAGAAGUAACAAACGAUGGCUAUCAACCGUCUACCGCUUUCGGCGACGGUGUUAGUACGUACGGUGGUUCGGAAUUUUUUCAAAAUAGCUACAAACUGGAACCUGACCGAAGAUUUCCUGUUCAGGAAGUGCAAAAAAUCGUGAAGCAGGUGCUCGAAGAGAAUCUCAAGAACGAAAAAUACGAACGCGAGAAAUGCUCGCAGCUGUGUCCCACAUUAAGCCAACUUAUCCAGGACAAAGUGAAAAGCAUCGGUCUACAGCGGUACAAGCUGAUAACUGUAGUUUCAAUCGGAGAAAAUAAGUCGCAGAGUGCACGCGUGGCCAGCCGAUGUUUGUGGAAUGAGAAUUUUGAUAAUUAUUCGUCAGCUAGUUUUUAUGGCGAGACAGUGUUUGCUCAAGCCACUGUGUAUGGAAUAUACUUAGAGUAGAUGUAGUCAUGGUGACUACUUUCGUUGCCAUGCGUUGUCAAUGUCAACUGAUUGCUCUAAGUAGGAAUAAAUGGCACUCAAUAAAGUUCAUGUAGUCCUAGAAUGCUUUAAAUCAUAUACAGUCCACGUUUCUAUUAUAUCUUUAAAAUUUACGUGCCCUUCAAACAAGAAAAGUCAAUUUGUCCGCAUGGUACGUGGUCAAAUUUUAUUCAAUAAAUAUUUUCAUGAUUAUGUA